AUGUCGAACGCCCAAGUCCCGAGUACAUCGGAGGACCUUGAACGUCCAGGGGUAUUUCCGAAAUUAAGGUCACCGGGAAACGAGGGUAGACAGACAGCUUCCAUUACCCUGGGGCCGAAUGAUAGCAAGGUCCUCAUGGAAGUAGCUAGAGGAGGCAAUCCCUCACUCUUGCAUCUCCUGAAGACUGCAUGGCCCAUUUUGUUGGCUGACUACGUUGAUUCCAAGACCGUUAGCUUUGGUAUACUGUCCAGCGAUGCGGGAAAUGAUAUUGUUGAGCAGUGGUCAGCAGUUGUAAACCCAGAGCAGCCCAUCUCUCGAGCGGUCACUCUUGAAAAGCUUCACGAAUGGCCGUUGGCAGAAGUUGGGCACAAUGAAGAAUCCAUUGUCCCCGUCCUUCUUGAGAAGUCCAAGUGGGCGGUUGUUGCAAUACUUGGCGUCCUCAAGGCAGGCGCAGCAUUCGUUCUCUUGGACAUUUCAUACCCUGCAGGUCGCCUGCGGGAUAUCUGCGAGGAUGUUCAAGCGCAAGUCGUCAUGCAGUCCGUGGAAGCACCUAUUAUAGAUCGCCCAAUGAACAUUGUUGCAGUCGGUGAGGAUUUGAAGGAUUGGGUCUAUUAUCCGCCACCGAGGGCUCCAGUCACCUCUAAAAACGCAGCCUACGUAUCAUACACGUCGGGAUCCACGGGAAAGCCGAAGGGUGUGGUCAUCGAGCACGGCUCGUUUUGCACAAACGCUAUGGCUACCAGCAAGAUACACAAUCUGAGCAGUUCCUCUCGAGUCCUACAGUAUGCAUCCUUUGCAUUCGAUGUGAGCAUUCAAGAGUCCGAAGCCUGCGGAGAACUUCAGGUCAAUUGGGCCGAGCUUACCCCUUCUGUUGCCAGACUUCUGCACCCCAAAGAGGUCCCAUCAAUCAGGACACUUGUUUUGGGAGGGGAACCAACCUCCUCUAUUGAUAUCUCCAGGUGGCAGAACCUCCGACUGAUCUCUGCCUAUGGUCCGGCGGAAUGUACCAUCGUAUCAACAGUCCAACCACAUGUCCAGGAGCCGGGCAAUAUUGGUCGUUCCUAUGGUGGCACAUGCUGGAUCGUUGACAAGGAUAAUCACCACCGUCUCCUCCCUAUCGGCGCAGUUGGGGAGUUAGUUAUCGGAGGACCCAUUGUUGGCCACUACAGAUUCUACAGGACCGGCGAUUUGGUCAGAUACAACGUUGAUGGUGACAUUAUCUACUGCGGAAGGAAGGACACGCAGGUCAAAAUUCAUGGACAAAGGAUGGAGCUGGGCGAAAUCGAAUAUCAUGCACGAACCUGCUUGGGCCACGACGAUCUUAUAGUUGAACUGGGGUUGUGGGCGUAUCAGAGGCCCUUCCUGGUACUUUUUAUGGCGCCGAAAGGACAGGUUGCUGAAGAUGCUUGUCCAAGCUCUCUGUUUUGCGAACCGAACGAUGAAUUCCGUCGGCGCAUUCUUCAUCUCAAGGCGCGGCUCAGGAACAGGCUUCCCGAGUACAUGAUACCGACGGUAUAUAUUCCCGGGAGUGGAAUACCGCUAUCAAGGACAGGGAAAGUAGACAGAAGGUUGUUGCGAAGCGCCUUUGGCCAGCUAUCAGAUGCCCAGGUUCGAAAGUACCAUAUUUCAGAUCCGAGUCCAGCUGUGGAAUCCCCACUGACGCCUGCUGAGAAGACAAUCAGAGAGCUUCUCGCAACUGUACUCCAGUUACCUGAAGCUGAAAUAGGGAUAGAUGACAGCAUUUUCCAGCUGGGGGCCGACUCCAUCACCGCGAUUUCCCUCGUCGCAGAAGCCAGAAGGCGGGGAUUGGAUAUGAUGGUGGCCUCCAUUUUCCAAUCUCGGUCUAUUCGGAAACUAGUGGCCGUCACAGACAAUAUUUGUGCUUGCAGUACUAGUCCGGCAGCGAAGCAAUGUAUCAUCGCUCUAAGUCAGAUUGAGGAUAUGUACCCAUGUACGCCUUUGCAGGAAGCCAUGAUGGGUUUUACGAUGAGAAAUCCAGGCUCCUUGCAAGCGCAGAUCCAUUUCCGGCUUCCUAUGGCACUAGAUAUCGCGCGGUUCAAGGAUGCGUGGGGGAAGGUCAUUGCUGCACGUCUGAUAUUACGAACCAGGAUUGUUCAGCUUGAUACAGCUCAAGCGCUCCAAGUCAUCGUCCGCAGUGAAGAGAAGAUACCAUGGCAUUUUGUCAAACAUGUCCAUGAAGUUGUCCAAACUUUCAUGUUGUUGGGGGACCCCCUUAUCCAACUUUGCAUGGAUAGUGAGCCAGAUGAAACGGUGCAACUGAUAUUCGUCCUCACUAUGCAUCACGCUGUAUUCGAUAAGUGGUCAUAUAGAAUUAUCCUCGAGGAGUAUACUCAAUCCAACGAUGUCGUCUUUGGGGUGACUGUCAACGGACGUAGUGCUCCUGUGUCCGGGAUCCACGAGCUCGCUGCACCUACCAUCGCUACAAUACCGCUUCGAACUGUUCUUCAACCCGAUGUCAGCGUUCAGGAAACACUGGUCAGGAUGCAGGAGCAUGCAACCAGAUUGAUUCCGUUCGAGCACACUGGACUGCGCUGGAUAAAGUCUUUUAGCGCAGGCGCAGCAUUGGCGUGCGACUUCAAAAGCUUGCUGGUUAUCCAACCGCCAGUUCGAGGAGGUGUUUCCGAUGGGCUAUUCGGGGAACCCUUGGAAAAUGAUGACGAACAACUGAAAUUUAGCACUCAUCCUCUGACUCUCAUUUGCGAACUUGCGGAUAAUUGCUGGGUUGAUGUUACUGCCGUGAUCGAUUCCGCUGUGACCUCGCCAGAUGAGGCACAAGCAAUGCUGCAGCAGUUCGCGGGUCUAUUCAGUAAAAUUAACGACAAUCUGGAACGGCCAGUCGGUAGUAUCAUUAAAUCCUUGCCCAAGGAUUCUGCCGGUCGACCAGACAGGGAAGGCUUGCGCGCGGCCGCAUCCAAUCUAUGCAGAAAGAUCCAGCAAGAUUCCAUGUUUCCGACUAAGAGUGAAGCAGCGUUCUCGAGGCCAAUUCAUUUAUCAACAGCCCAGAACAUCGUAGCUCACGUCCUUGGGUUGAAAGUAGAGGACGUGGACAGUGAGGACGACUUUUUCGUCUUCGGAGGCGAUUCCAGUACAGCGAUGCAGAUGGUUAUGCUGUGCAGGAAAGAGGGUUUCUCUCUCACUGUUCGCGAUAUCUUUCAACAGAGAAUGAUGAGUCGAAUUGCAAGCAAGUUACAACCCCUCGCCAGGAUUAAGCCUCCACCAGACCAUGCCGCAGACUGGAAUAUGAGCAGUCUAUUCUCUUUACUAUGCAUGGCCGGCGAGUCCGAGAGGGCUAGGUUCGAAGCUGACGUCAAAACUAAGCUCGGUAUAGCCAGCAUGGACGCUGUCGAGGAUGCAUAUCCCUGCACGACAUCUUACACCAUCUGGGAAGUAACGGCAACUGGCCGCGACAGUGCCGUGUGCCCUUUUCGCCUGCGUGAUGCCUGGCUCAGUCUAGUGCAUCGUCACUCUGCACUUCGGACAAUCCUCAUUGAUAACCCUUUGCCCGGGAAGUCAUGGAAGAAGAUACACAUUGUGCUCCAUGGCUCGCCUAGUGAAGAUACUGUAUUCUCGGGGGUAAGCGAUGAUACGAUGCAUCGGCCAAACUUGAUGACUGGGACUGGUUGCCCACCAUUUAAGUUCGCCAUUUAUCAGACACAACAAAAUCGCGUCUACUGUAAGCUUGAGGGUAAUCAAGCCUUUCUGGAUGCGACAUCGCUAUUGAUUAUUCUGCAAGACCUUGCCCAGGCAUAUACUGCAACGCUGUCUUCCGCGCCCGGCCCACCCUACCGUUCCGUGGUGGAAUAUUUCGACUACACAUCUGAAGACGAGGGCCACGCGGACUACUGGAAGAAACAGAUGGCAGCAGCAGAGCCAUGCAUUUUUCCAUCCCUCAAGAGUGAAGGUCCGGGGCAGGACACACUGAGUGUUACCAGGAUUGAGAUUAGAGAUGCUGUCGACCUUCGACAGUACUGUGUUACAAGUGGUUUUGUCCUAAGUAAUGUUUUGCAAGUAGCAUGGGGACUCACCCUGCAGUCCUACACGCACCAGAAUAUCGUCUGCUUUGGGACACUUGUUUCCGGCAGAGAUCUUCCUUUGCAGGGGGUGCAUGAGACAAUUGGGCCCUUUUUCAAUGUUCUUCCUUGUCAGCUGAAUUUGAGUUGUCCGGACCAUCUGCUGCGCGUUCUUGGAGGAAACCAAGUCGAGAUCGCAAACCGUCUGUCGUACCAGCACUAUUGCCUCAAUGAUAUUCUGCGCCAGUCAAAUUUUGUUGGUCAGAGGUUGUUUAACACGUGCAUCUCUCUCGAACAACAAUUGUCGAGCUUACAGGUGGACGGCAUCUGUUUUACGGAGAUAGACACCCGUGAGCCAACAGAGUAUAUUCUUCUCUCUGUGAUUGACAAGCAGUCAACUUUGGAAGCAAGGCUUACGUAUUUCUCUUCCAUCAUGUCCGACCAACAAGCUGCUGAAGUGGUUAGGAGAUUCGAAGAAUACGUCUCACAUAUAUUGCAUAACACCUCUACAUCUUAA